ACGCUGCUGAUGGCACACGCGCUGCGCCGCAUCCUGUACAGCACCUGGAGGCUCCCCGACCGCCAGUUCGCCUUCGUGGCCCGCAACCCCCACAGCCCCCCCAGCACCCUCUUCUGCCACCUCUUCGUGGGGCUCCCGGGAGAGGUCCAGACCCUGCACCUCCUGCUCUGCCGCUCCUUCCAACUCUGCUACCUCCUGGCGCACCCCGAGGAGCAGGCGGGCGAGGGGGAGCUCCCGGGGCCGGGAGUGCUGCUGGAGCCCCUCAACCCCGAGGAGGUGUCACGAAAUGUCAACGCCCUCGUGUCCUUCCGGCGCCUGCCCGCGCCCGGCGGCCUCGGCCCGCUGGGCACCGGGGACCGGCGGCCGGAGGCAGAGGGGAGAGCCUGGCGCCCGGGGAACCCCUACUGCUCGCCGGUGCUGGUGCGCAAGAAAGCCAUUCGGAGCAAAGUGCUGCGCUCGGGAGCCUACCGGGACUGCGGGGGCGAGGGACAGCUCCACCAGCAGCCCCGCGACGCCGCGGCGGCGGGAGGGGAAAGCAAAGGGGCGAGGAGCUUGGCCUUCCUGCCCGAGAACGAGAGCGUCCUCGCCGAGAGCGUGUGGGCCUUCGCCGGCAUCGCCAGGGCCGCCGGGGUCGCGCUGCUGCGGCGGGACGUGCCCGGCUCCUUCCUGCUGCGCGCCGAGCCCGGGCUGCCCAAGCGCUGGUGCCUGUGGGUGCGGGCGCCCUGCGGAGUGGUGUGCUACGGCGUGCUGCGGACACAGCACGGCCGCUUCUGCGUGGAGCACUCCAACGCCGAGUUCGCCAGCGUGGCCGCCCUCCUGGCGCACUACUCCGGGCCACCGGGGGGCUGCUUCUGCCGCCUGGCCCCUGGCCGACGCAACCCCGGCUACGAGGAGCGGGACCCCGGUGGCGGGGCCAGCGCCGGGCCGGGGGAGGCCGCCUGGGCCCCCGCCGCCCCCACCGGGGUGCAGCACGAGCGGGGGUAGGCCCGGCCCUCCCUGCAAGGCUGUCCCCGGCACCCCCGGCUUUCACUCGCUGCCUGCCUUAUCCCCCGGCCGGGCUGGCCGCGCCUCCCGCAAUAAAGGCUCUCGUGCAUCGGA